CCGGAAGCUGUGACGUUGUUGUUUGUUGCCGUAUGCUACAAAACAGUAAUUUGAUCAUUCGGGAAUUUAAGUGGCGUAUACUGUAAAUUACAUCGCUGGACAAGAUGGACUUUGAGUUUGAGGAAGAGCUGAGGAGUGCUGAUGAGCUUCUUGAAAGCUUAAGAGCUCGAGAGGAGACACUGGUUCAACCAAAUGUGCUGCCUCUGCCUUCAGCCCCAACUGUUGAGUGGAGAGAAAGAGACAGCCAGGGGGACAUCAUUUACAAAUGUCCUAGAGCCAAAAGGGCAACUGUAAAAAGAAUAAGAGGUGACCACAACAAAAACUCUGCUGGUCCACUUGUUACAGAAAAUGACUUGAGUGUUGGCCAUGCAGAAGUCUCUGAAACAGCUGAUGCUAAUUUUGAAGAGCUGAGGAGACUUUUGGACACUCAGGAAGGUGAUGCUGAUGAUGUUACUCCCAUUCAAGAUAAUGUCCCUCGGUCUGCAUCCAAUGACUGGACCAUUAGAUCUGCAAUAAGGGAAGAGAGAUGGAAAGAAGCUAGAGCUUUUCUUGUGGAGAACAUUUUGAGAGGAGAGGAUGCAAGUUCCUCAAUCUGCCAACAUUGCAGGUCUAAUGCAGCUGUUGUACGCUGUAGGGACUGCCUUCCUUACCCUUUUCUUUGUGGAGACUGUGACGAGCAAAGGCAUGGCAGUUUCUUUGUACUACACAAUAGGGAUUCCCUGGUCUCAGGCUUUCUACAGCCUUUACCUCCUUCCACAGGAUUCAUGCAGGCAGCUGUUCAAAUUUCUAUUAAACAGCUUGUUCGACUGCUGCCUGUAGAAAUACCAGCCCAUAUUUGUGGUUGCAGUGACGGAGCAGUCCUUGUUUCUUCAGGAAGGCCCAUUACCCUCAUUACUAUGAAUGGUCGAUAUAACCUUAGCAUGCCUCACUUGUCCUGUGCUGUGUGUGAAUAUUCACGUGAGCCAUCCUUGACAGAACUUCAGAGGAGUCUCUACUGGCCCGGCAACAUUCCUGCAAGUGUGUUAUUUACCACAGAUGUGCUCGUCUCAUUUCAUGAGAUGAAAAUUGCAUCACCAGGGAUAUCUUUUCAAGCCUUCGUUAAAAUGCUUGAUGAGAAAACGAUAUUCUUUGGUCGAAGUGGAAAAAUAUCAGCCAAUGUAUUUAGCUGCAGUUUCAAUGAAUGGGUUGCAGCAAGAUAUGAAGUGGAAAAGUUGUGCCAGGAGGAUUUUUUCACUUGUCCAGCAUGCACUCCAGACAUGCUUGCCAUUUCUGUUGAUGGUAAUCGCAAACACUAUCGUUUUAAAAACACAGCAAGCACAGACAAAAGGGGAUUAUUUGGCAAUCUUUUCUUACAGAGUGAUGUGGAGGUGUCUGACUUUGUGGACUACAUUCACAAAAACAAUAAUCAUGUUUCAGGGAGAGGAUUGUGUGGAGCAUCACAAUGGUCAGCAGCAAAGGAAUCCUCCAAAAAAUCAAGCAGCAAAUUGGAUGAGGAGGGAUUGGAAAUUGCUGUCUGUCGCCAUGGGAUACUCCUUAUGGCCCUAAAUAUGUUUCGAGGAGAAAUUUUUGCAUAUCCCCUUUUUCUACAGAAAAAACUUGCUGAAAGGUCUCAAGGGACCAUCAAAUUCUUCUGUUCGGAUGUGGCCUGCAAGUUUUUUCCAUACUUACAUAGAGUAUCUAAGAACUGUCUUGAGCUACAGCCUUUACUGGAUAUGCGUCCUUUUCUGUCAGUAAUGCAUGCCAAAGCACACGCUUGGAAAUGUGAGGUCAAGUAUGGUGGUGCCUAUCAAGAAGGAGCUGGGUCAACAAUUGGUGAAGAGGUGGAGCAGGUGAAUAGUUUUCUAUCUAGGCUUGCUAUUACCACCAAGUACAUGUCAAAAUCAGGCCGUGGGGACAUGAUUACAAUGCAAGCCAUGUCCUGGAAUAAGAGAAAGCUUCUUAAUUUGGGACAGGCUUUAGUUGCUAGAUUUUUAAAGACUCAGAAAGCUUUGCAAGAGCAACAACGCAUCUUGGAGGCACUGAAGACAGAGCUAGCACUGUAUGAUGAUUGUGUAGUUGAGCAGUGGAUUUCAGAUGUACAGCAAUGGGCAGAAGAAAGUGACCAUUAUGGAAGUGGUGAUCUGAAAAAGUUACAAGAGGAAAUAGAGGGGCUGACGGUGAGCAUCAAAAGGCGAACACAACGUCUGUACAGUCAAACAGACAGCAACAAGCGGCGCCACUCUUUGCGUCUUCGAAGGAAUGAGGAAAAGAAGAAGCUGGCUGCUGCAGUGGAGGAAUACAAUAGCAUAGCGGAUUCUUCCCAGCAGCUUGGUCCAGUUGAAGACUUCUUCAUAGCUGAGACUGUUGCCUGGCCUUGGCAAAUCCCCAGCAAUACUGAAUCCGUUCCUUUUCCUACCAAGAGGAAGGUGUUUGAUAGAGUGAUGGCAAUGAGACGCCUUCAGGAAGAGAAAAGUCUUCUUUGUAAGGAGAUGCAACAGCACUGGAUGGUCCUGACACACAAGACAUCCAAGCUUGAAGCAUUGAUUAAUGAAAUAAGUUCUAAAUCUGUUUUUUCUACCCUGUCCGACUCUGCAUGCAAGGGGCUCCUGUGCAUUGUUCGAAAGAAACAACAUGAACUGAAACAUUUAAUGCAUUUGGUAAGGGUGGGAUAUAUGAAAAUUUUCAGUGAAGAUGAUAUGGUGCCUGAAGAAUCUGAGCUUGAACAUGAUGAGGAAGCACAAGAGGAGCUCUCAGAAAGCAACAGCAGCUCAGAUGAUGAGUAAAAUGUGAGUUUAAAGUGAUAGUUCAUCCAAAAAUCAUUUACUCACUCUCAUGUUGUAAACCUGUAUGAGUUGCUUUAUUCUGUUGAACACAAAAGAAGAUAUUUUGAUAAAAGAUGGUAAGCACACAGCUGAUUGUAACAGUGGACUUCCAUAGUAGGAAAAACAAAUAAUAUCUUCAUCACAAUAUUUCCAUAAUUUGAUAAAUGAUGGAUAGCACACAGUUGAUGGUACCCAUUGAAUUCCAUCUUAUUUGUUUUUCCUACUAUGGAAGUCAAUAGUUACAAUCAGCUGUGUGCUUACCAUCAUUUAUCAAAAUAUCUUCUUUUGUGUUUAUUAGAAUAAAUGAAUUCAUGCAAAAUUAAGAAAAACAAGAAUAUGAUGACGACAAUUUUCAUUUUUGGGUGAACUAUCCCUUUAAGGCACAUUUCACUUUUUUCUUUUUUUUGUGAACAAGACUUUGUUGAAACUUAAAUGUAAUUUGAUUAUUUGGUCGCUUCAAGCCCAAGAUUAAGUUUCUGACUUUGAUUGCUUAUGAUAUUACAGUUUUAUUGUGUACUUAGUAUAAUCAAUUAAUUUGAGAUUAUUGAGAUGUAACAAAGUAAUGUAUAUAAAGAGAAUUUUGUCUGAGCAUUUUGUUUCAGCAGAAGUAAUGUUUUUAACCUUGUUGGGAACUUCGUUAUACACUAAGUAUUUGUUUAUCCCCUGUAUGUGUACAUUUGUGCACAUUUAAAGCCCGAUAUGAUGAUAAGUGUCUAAUAUUUACAUGUAUUCUCUUCAUAUGGUGUUGUAAAGUCUGAAAAUAAA